UGCGCGGAGUCUGAAAGCACCUCCUCUUUUUAAAAAGCGGACCGCAAUGAUUUAGAAGUUCAGGAAUCCCACGUGACGUCACCACAAGGUGAUGUAAUGCUUCUGUAAAUAGAUCAUAUUGUAAUCGCGUUUCACUUCAGCGUGCUUCGUCCCAGCGCGAGGAGCGUUGCUUGUCUCAGUCUGCGUGCGUUUAGGUCUUUUACAUCUCAGAUGAUGAAUGUUGAUCAGGACAGGCCAUUUGUGUGCAUUGCUCCUGGAUGCUCGCAGAGCUUCCAAAGAGAAGACCACCUAAUCAUCCACAGACACAAACAUGAGAUGACGCUUAAAUUCCCUUCUAUUAAGUGUGACAGUAUGCUUUCAGAUCAGACUCCAACACCAACUCGUUUCUUACGGGACUGUGAGGAAGUGGGCCUCUUUACUGACCUGGAGCUUAACCAGUCUCAGACGGAAGAGCAGACCAAACCGAACUUUUCUGCACAGACGUCAGCUCAGAGGCAGCCUCACACCGAAACACAACCUGAGCAAGGUCAACAUCAGCAGUUUCAGCCUCAGCAACAGCAGUCGUGUGCACUGGCCCAUCUGAACCAGAACCAGCUCCAGACGCACAGCUCACAGUGUCAGUCUCAAUGCACUGCCACAUACUCCAGUUCAAAUAAGCAAUCUGCACCCAGUUGUCUACACAGCAGACAGACAAACACUGUCAAAUCAAACAUGAAUAUGGAGUCACAGAUGUCAAUGAACUCCAGUAUUAUUGGCAUACCAGGACCCGCCCACUCUGGCUCAUGCUCCUCCGUUCAGCGGUCAAAGGUCAUACCAGCCCACAGCCAACCUGCAGUUUCCAACGGCAGUCAGAAUCCUCUUUGCCACAUGAUGGAGAUGAUGCCAUCACAACCUCACCCAUUGUCGCAUUUACAAUCUGCAUCUCAUCAUCACGCAUCAUACCAGCAGCACUGCCACAGCCAAUCACCACAAAGGCUCGCACAUCAGCAUCAAAGCCAAGACCAAUCACAUCACAGCCACGCCCACCACUCCACACCCUCGCACUUGCCUCUUGGCCCCUCCCAUCAGAACGCCCCUCCCCUUUCACAUCAGCCAAUACCUAUACAGAUGUCUUCCACACCAAAACAGAGCCAUUGCCCACAGUCUCCUCCACAGCCGGCCACAGGCAGACGCCGACGGACAGCAGAAGACGACCCGGAUGAACGCAGGAGAAAGUUUCUGGAGAGAAACAGAGCUGCUGCUACACGGUGCAGACAGAAAAGAAAAGUCUGGGUGUCGUCGUUGGAGAGGAAGGCUGAGGAACUUACACACACGAACUUGCAGCUACAGAAUGAGGUGACAUCGCUCAGAACAGAAGUCACUCAACUGAAGCAAAUUCUUCUUACACAUAAAGACUGUCCUGUAUCUGUGAGACAGAGAGAGACGCAAAGUGGUAUAGGCAGCCCAACAGGUAGUCCUGUCCAUUCACAUGCUAUCCAACACAACAGCAUCUCAACAAGUUCAACUUUACCCCGUGGCCACCUCACCACACACUCACACUCAACUAGCAACACACAGCUAUAACAUGAUUCUCCAUAGUCAGACAACACAAUCUGUCUUCAGAGCCAUUUGCUCAGGGCCCAUAGAGCCAUACAGAUACUUAUCAGUGCAGAAGCAAAAAUGAACAGCAAUAUGUUUGAUCCACUCUUUCAAACUUGAGUUUAUAACUAAAAUGGAAUGUAUGCAACACAUACAGUUUUAGGCAAAAUUAUUAGUGUGAAAUUUUAAUUCUUUUUCAGAUAUUUUCCAAGGUCUCUUCUAUAGAGGGACGUUAUUUAUAAGUUUUAAUAAUUUAUUUAUAAUAACAAAUUAUUUGAUCUUUGCCAUGGUAACAGUACAUAAUAUUUUUCUAAUACUUUGUCAAGAUAUUAGUAUUCAGAUUAAAGUAAUAUUAAAGGGGCUUAAUAGGUUUAACUAGGCAAGUUAAGCUAAUUAGGCAAGUCAUUGGAAUAUAUAUAUAUAUAUAUAAGAUAUUUUCUUAUUAUAUAUAUAUAAUAAGAUAUUUUCUGUUAAACAUCACUUUGUAAAUAUUUGAAAAAGAAUAAACAUUUCACUGGAGGGCUGAUCAUUUUGCCUUCAGCUGUGUAUUUCUGAAAGGCUGAGUUAAGGCCUGUUCACAUGAAGGAUUAUAAUAAUAUGAUGACUAUUAGAGUCCACAUCAUAUCUAUAAGAAUAAAACACACAUUAACAAUUUUACUGGAAUCACAAUAACUUUUUUACCAGCUGAGUAGGGAUAAAAUCAUAGGCAGCAAGCAAAACCUAUUCUGCCUUUAAGAAAUCAAGCAGGUUGAAGGGGCAGACAACACAACUACUGCCCACAUUCUUAAAUAAAAAAUGUUAUUGUCUAUUAGUGUUUACAACAUAUACUUGAAGUUACAUAUGAGCAAUUCCAGCGUUAUGGAUGUGACAUUUGCAGUAAAAACU